AUGCCAAAACGCAAGAAACAAACUAAACGCAAAGAAACUUCUUCUCAACCCUCCUCCUCCUCCACACCUGCCACUAAAAAAGUAAAAACUGAGAAAUUAAAAGCUCAACCACAAGCUCCUUCCGAUAAUCCCAUCAGUGAAGAACCAAUCGUUGUUCAUGACGAUGAUCCUGAAUUAUCCAUCACAAAUCAUGAAAAUAUUUCCACUGCCGAUGCCAAAUAUGAGCUCAUUAGAACUCCUUUAAGCAAUGGAGAUGAAACCUCUGAUGACCUUGGAUUGGAAAUGAUUGAACAACAUCAUUUACAAUCAACUUUUAACAUUUCCAAAUAUCUACCUAAGGAAAAGGGACAUGCUAUGAAAAUUUAUUGUAUUGAUUUGGGUUCUAGUUUUACAAAAGGUAACAAGUUUCAAAUUGAACAAGGUAAAAGGGUGAGAGCAUCUGUUUUAAAAUUUGGUCAUCGAGAAAAGAGUCAAUUUCUACCAACACGUACAUUUUACAAUUCAAUUACAGGUGAAAUUCAAAUGGGAAGUGAAUUGAAAGGUGAGAAAUGGGAAGAAUUGGAAAAUGUAAAAAAGAUAUUCAUGGUCAGUGAAUUGUUAGAAAUUAGUCUCAAUUCAAAGAAGAAAUUAAGAGUUUCCAAUGUUAUUUACUUGAUGAUUAAGGAUUUAAUUACUCAAUUAUUGACCACUAAAAAGGAUGAUCAAGCUUAUUUAGAGGGAGUUACAGCUUGGAUAUUUACAUGUCCAACAGGUACCUCUGAAUAUACUAAAUUAAUAUUUAGAAAUUGCAUUUAUCAUGCCUAUAAUAAGUUAAAAAUUAAUAUUGGUGAUGAUCAUCCAAUUACCAUUGAAGAUAUUUAUAUUAUGGAAGAGUAUGCAUUAUUACAAUAUUUUGCUAAUAAUCAACAAAGAUUAUCGACCAUGUUUGUUGAUUUGGGUCAUCUCACUUUGGAUGUUGUUGUAAUGGAAUUAAUACAGGGUGAAUAUAUGGUAACAUUUAAGAAUGGAGAAACUUGUGGAAUGUCAAUCAUUCAUCAACUAUUACACAGUAAGGGAAUGGAUGCAAAUGCCAUUAUGAAAGAUUUAUUUGAAAAUUAUUAUGAUUCUGAUGAGUUACCACCAUCUUUGAAGGCAAUUGAAGAGGAAAUUAAUGAGAAAUUGAAAUUGAUUACCAAACCGCUAUGUAUGAUGAUUUUACAAAAACAAGCUGAUUGUAUUCACUUCUCUGGUGCAAUUACAAGAGUUGCCUAUUUUCAAAGGAAACUCAGAGAAUAUGUUAGCCAAGAACGUAACAAAUCAAGUUAUUCAUUUAGUAAGAAACAUUUAAAAUUAAGUAAAUUAAUGAGAUUAAGAUCAAAUGAUUAUCAAUUUGUAUCAUUUAUUACUUCUAUAUUAGAAUAUGAUCCUAAAAAAAGAUUAACACCUGAAAAGGCAUUAUUUCAUCCUUUUUUAAAUUCUGUAUUUCCAUUUUCAUUAAAUAUGAUUUACAAUAUUAAUAAUAAUUUAAAUAAUAAUUUAAAUAAUAAUAAUAAUUUAAAUAAUUCUAUUGAUUCUCAAACUAUUAUUAUUAACAAUAAUAGACAAGAAGAAGAAGAGCAACAACAAUUAAUUUAUGAUAAUAUAAUAUUGGCAAUCUCCAAAACAUUCAUUAUCAUAUCAACAACAACAACCAUCAAUAACGACGACGAAUCAAACACAACUGCAGCAGCAACAACAACAACAACCCUAUCAUACAAUGUUCUCUUCUUCAACAAGUUCAAGUGA